CAACAAAUCACUAGGUAGUUUAAGACUCGCUGUCGUCUCGGUCAGACGUAUAUAUCAAGUAGCAUUAUGAGUUUCACUACGACGGCUUAUCGAUGUGUUCUCACAUACGCUUUAAGUUUUUUAUAUACUGGAUUAGCUUUGGCGUUUCUUAGUAUCAACUAUGUGAAGAAAGUGUUUACAGAUCCGGGAUAUAAGAAACUGAAGCUGUUGCGGCCUACCUAUCUCGUUGAUCCAAAAUAUGGAGUGCAUAAAUAUAUUAAAGUAAAUAAUGUAAAACUUCACUACGUCGAGAGUGGCGAUCCGUCGAAACCUCUAAUGAUAUUUUUGCAUGGGUUUCCCGAAUUCUGGUAUUCGUGGAGGCAUCAAAUUCUUGAAUUCCAGAAAGAUUAUUGGUGUAUAGCCGUUGAUAUGCGAGGAUAUGGCGACUCUGAGCGACCAGAGACCGUAGAAGCUUACAAAAUAGAAGUCCUCGUCGAAGACGUUAGGGAUCUCGUCCGACAGUUAGGUCGUGAAAAUUGCAUUCUAGUUUCCCACGACUGGGGUGGUGUUAUAGCUUGCAAGUUUCGUGAGAUGUACCCCAAGGUGUUAAGUGCAGUCCUUAUUAUAGCAAGCAUGUCAUUAGAGAGUUUCGUCGACAGUAUAUUCAAUGAUAGUAAGCAGAGGAAAAUGUCUUGGUAUGUAUUUUUCUUUCAAAUGCCGGCGAUUCCUGAACAGUUUCUAGAAAUGAACCAGUUACAGGUGUUUGACAAGAUGAUGAUGGUGCCCGGGAAAGAUACUGUCAGCGCCGAGGAUCUAGAAGGAUAUAAAUACUGGUUUGGAAAACAAUUCGCCUUUACACCACCAAUCAACUAUUACCGAGCCAACUUCAAAUUCGACUUGGGGCCGCAAAAGUGCUUUACUGAAAAUGUCCCUAUGCUUGUGGUUCGAGCUGCAAAUGACACUGCGAUUGGACCACGCCCUUUGGAGUACAUGAAGAAGGUCUACGAACACAUGGAGUCCAUGGUCGUUGAAGGAUGCGGCCACUUUAUGCAGCAAGAAGAACCUACGAAAGUGAACAAUAUCAUUAGGGAAUUCCUUACGAAGCAUAAGCUUUAAUUAUAUAACCUAACCUAACCAUACCGUGUUACGGAAAAGCGAAAGAAAAUAUUCGGUGGAUAAUUACUUUAAUUGCACAUAUAGAAUUACCUAAUUACCUAGGUACGUAUUUUAGAUUAUAAUACUAAAGAGGUAAUUAAACAGAUCAUCAUGAAAAUAAAUAGGCUUUUAAAGGACAAACACUUUAUAAAUAUAAACGGUCUGUGUUUUAUUGAUUCAUUUGGUAAUCCCAGUGCAUAAUAUUUGUCAUUUAAAUGCAACUACAACUUUCCAAGUCGUUGUAAAAAAUCUAUUUCCAUCUUUGGCUAUAGCCAAAUACUAUGUAUUAUUUCGAGACUUAAAUAAAUAAAUAAUUAAGCACGUUAUUUACCUCUACCUAAAUUAUAUGCUUAUAAUCAGGCUGCUAGCAAGACUAGUAACGAAAGUGUAUUCUGUGUCAGGUGCAUACUGGUGUAAUAAAUAGACCUAUCUAUAAAUAAUUAUACACAGGAUGCUCUAGCUAAGUGUUUUUUAAAUUGCAUUCAGGCAUUUUUUAAAAAUUAAUAGCAGAAUGCAAACCAAGCUAGUCAUUUUGGAUAGAUUUUUUCAUAAAACUAUCUGAAAGUUUAUUGUAUUUUCGAUCAAAAUUAUAAAUAGGUUUUUGUCAGCUGGGUAGUUUGAGUUCAAUAAAUAAAAUUAUGAAUGAA